CCGCUCUUCUGUUCAGUCAUGAGAACUGUACUACACAUGGUGGCCAAUAUCAAACACCUGUUCACCAAGAAACUUGGCGCUGGCGCAACCCAGCUUCUUUGUUGACCUCAUACACCUCUCCCAUAUCACGCUUUCAAAUUGAACAACAUCCUGGCCGUGUCUAUCACCUGCCUGAUUGGUUCGCAACCAGUACUGCACAGUCUUCCAGAGCAAAAGGCACGCAUUUCAGUAGUCUUUGUCGGCUUUAUGGUGCCUCCGUCCCAUGUCGCAUUGAGCUGGGGCGUAGAGAACCCGUUUUGAAAGCAUCUCAAAGACCCCAAAAGCAUGUAUCAAGCAUACCAAACUUAUCACGAGAAACGGCCUUUGUGGCAGAACAAUAAGAGGCCCAGGUGGUGGCGAAGGCGUGUGCGGUCAGGAGGUGUAUGCUUUGUUCUCGCCCUCGGAAUUGUAACAGCUGUGACAGUUCUGUUGGCAAUAAGAAGAAGUUCUAUCCACUACCAGCAUUAUGAUGUUUACAAAAGUAGGAUUCAUGGAAAGAACCCUACGGACACGGGAAAUUCCCGACACCCAGCGAAUGUGCCGACCCAACAACAAACUCGACAAUCAGAUGAGAAUAGCCCCUCUGAGAAGUGGGAGGCUCAAAGGGUGCUGUCACAUGGUAGUGAGCCAGCUGAUAGCGACUUCAUUCCUGAGGCCCAGGGUGUGGCACAUGAAAAUUCAGGGCUGAAAGACACCGAGCGUGCAAGUUCUUUGACCCUGAACGACAAAGUUCCGGUCGCAAAGACAGAAGAUUCUGGUGUAACAUUAAUGGAGAAGAAAGUGGUAACAGACAACGGUCCCCAAGCAAGACUUCCGCCCGAUGGAGUUGAAGGUGAAGAAUUGGGAAUUACAGCUGGCUCAGAAGGACGGCUGGUGGAAGACGAGUCAAACGAAUCUCAGCAGCAUCUCUCGUUUGAGCAAAAGGCCGAAAGACUUCCUGAAUUCGUUUGGGUACCAUUUACUAAAGCUGUUGAAGAGGAGGUGUUGCAAGGAUGGGAGGAUGAUUGGGUAAGCAAUGGCAGAUAUGAUGAGAAACGAUGGGGUCAGCUGCAAGAACCAAAGGUGGAUUUUGUCUAUCUCUGGGUGAAUGGAUCAGAAGAGGACUUCCAGAAAACAAUCAGGCCGUGGGAAGAACGUUCUGUACUAAACGACCCAGAUGGCAAGUGGAUUAACUCGCACGGCGUCAAUCGAUAUCGGGAUUGGGAUGAGCUUCGAUAUUCAUUUAGGAGCAUCGAACGGAACGCCGGCCACUUUUUAAACAAAGUGAAAGUCCUCGUCAACUCCAUAUAUGAGGCCGGAGUUCCAGUCCGCAAGCAAAGUCCCACUUGGCUCGCGCUUGAAGAUCCAAAGGUCUCGCAGACUGUUCAAAUAGUCUCUCAAGAAGAGAUGUUCGAGACAGAUAAAGCAGUGUGCUUACCCACUUUCAAUUCUCUCACUAUCGAGAAUCAGAUGUUCAAUACGGAAUCAGAAGUCGACCAGUUCUUUGCCAUGUCUGAUGACAUGUUACUCACAAGAGAACAUUCGCCUGCCGACAUUUAUUCGCCCCUAUUUGGUGCUGCAAUCAGCUUCAAAACUAACGGGUAUAGCACUACAUCACCACCAACUGACGUUGAUGCCAAGCGCUUCGGCGAAAAGCCGUACCUAAUCUACACUUCAUGGCUUCUAAAUAGACGCUUUGGGAUCCGGAAACGAAAAGGCCAGAGCCACUUUGGGCAUUCUUUGUCGCGAAGUAUCAUGAAAGAGGCAAUCGAGGCGUUUCCUCGCCCAGAGGUCCAGAGUGCCUGUAAGCGAUUUCGGGGUGAACCGGGGUUCCAGCUUUACUCUUGGUAUAUGGCAUAUCACUAUCAGAUUGAGCGACACCGAGAAGUUCUCUUGUGGAGCUAUAUCAUGCUACGCAGUGAUAUAGACCGCGACGGUAUUCUAUCAUGGAAAGAGCGACAAAGUAUAGCGCAAGACCUUGCAGCCGGUACCGAGAAUGCCGGCCGCGCAUCUUUCCGUCGAAAGAUGUUUUAUCACGUUCCUUCACUGCUCGAAAAGGCAGGCUUGAAACCGCCUCAAGUAAACACUAACUCACUCUGGACUUCACUGGAUGGACCUAUGGCAAUACGUGACGCAGAUUGCGCUGAGUUCAACAUUGACGAGUGCUUAGCGCCUGGCUUCAUGACAGAUGACUCGGAAGCUUCAAAUUUAAACCCAACGUUCAGCUCUGCAGUGAUCUUCGAUCGCUUAGCUCGGCAAAAUCCACGCUGCGGAGACUGUUUGCUUAAAGGCCUUCUCUUUCAAACCGCCUCUGGCCUUUCACCGUUGUUGCCACAUAAGGGCGGACAGCAAGCUGACCGAGACUUAGUGAUUAAGGCGGUCAUGCGGUAUAAAUAUAUUGUUGUUGAUCCAUCAGACACACUCUUCGUCAUGAUUACUGAUGCAGAUCAAAUCGACAGUACUCUAUAUAGGCAUUUUGUGAAGGAACAAAGGCCAUUACCUGGUCAAAUCUGUCUGAACGAUGACGUGGUUACUACAGACGACCAAGAGCUAAAGGACGUUCAAAGUGCUAUUAGGGAGCUCCUGCAUGGUCUUUUUCCUGAGCAAGGAGUAUCAGAAAUUCCCAUUAUACCAUAGAGUCUUAUUAGGCCACAAGAUUAUGAUGUCGCUUUGGAACUAAACA